UGCGGUCGCAUGCCAGGAGCGCGAAACGCAGAGAAAGACAGCUGGCGGGACGCGGAUCGGCGCGGACGGCGAGGUAGAGCGAGAGAGAAACGGGAAAGGAGAAAAACGGCGAAAUAACCGCUCGCUCGAGGUGCUAGGUGUGUGUAGUAGCACAGCAGUAUACGCGCGAGCCCGCUUUGCUGCAGUUUCGUGCACGGCGCGCGGUCACGUCGAACCAUACGCGAACAGGGUUACCGGGUCACCGUGUGGUCGGUAACGCGUACUGUGCACCGAUCGACACAAAAAUCAUAUCCGCAUAACAUACACGAGUAUAUAUUAUAUAGGUAUAGGUAUAUGCCGCACGUCAUGACGGAUAUUGUUCGACGCGACGCGAUCGACGACGACUACGACGACGACGACGACAACAACAACAACAACAACAACUGCUGCUGUGCGACAUCACCGCGCGAUGUGUAGACCGCAGUCGCCGUCUCGAUACUCGAGUGAUGAAGGUCGAAAACAGCGAUGUGCCCACCAUAUUCAACCCACGAAAGCCUAGACUUUCACAAAGCAACGCCGUGCUGACGUCAGACCACAGACCUUAUGGUCCUUUCUCGCAUGUGCUGUCCAGAAGCGAAUCUCUGUGUCAGCCUGAAGAUGUGGAACAGGUCGAACAGUGCCAGCGGAGGCAGUUGGGUGUGUUCAAAAGGCUGAAGAAUAAAUGUUGUUCGAAACAUGCGAGGAAGGUAUAUUAUGGUUUGUGCGUCACUUUCUUCGUCACCGCAUCUUGGGUGGGCGCCACACACGCCAUCAAGUACCUGUACAUGUAUCAUCCGACUAAAUAUCCGGUGCUCACAGGCAGCGGGUUUAAUUUUUCGUCCAUACACCAGCAAACGCUGAUGACGUACAACGCGCCAUUCUUCACCACGUGGUUUUGCACGAACUGGACGGUGCUGUUCUUCCCGCUGUACUUCUUCUGUCAGCUGGGCAGCCCCAACUACCAGACGCCCACCGACAUACUCGGCGAGAGCGUCCGCAACUUCCGGGACCGCGGGUUCACCGCCGCCCACUUCCUGACCAGGUGCUGCAUGUUCUGCAUGCUGUGGGUGUUCACCAACUACCUGUACAUACACGCGCUCAGCAUACUCGUGGCCACCGACGCGCUGGCCCUGUUCGCCAUCAACGUGUGCUGCGUGUACCUGCUGUCCUGGGUCAUACUCCACGAUCAGUUCGUCGGCGUCCGGAUUGUCGCUGUCAUCCUGUGCAGCACAGGAGUGGCUUUACUCGCCUACAUGGACGCCGGCAUUACGAACAAAAAGAAGACUAUGACCGGGGUUCUGUUAGCGGCUUUAGCUGCCGCCGGGUCAGCAGUAUAUAAAGUCAUGUUCAAAAAAAUGAUCGGCGAUGCUACUUACGGUCAAGUUUCGCUAUUUUUUUCGCUCAUAGGCCUGUUGAACGCCGCGCUUCUCUGGCCAGUGUGUUUAGUUUUGUACUUCUCCGAAGUCGAAAUACUUCAUUGGGACCGUUUACCUUGGAUGAUACUAUUAUCAGCCAGCACGCUGUCAUUGGUCGCUAACUUACUGGGAAAUUUGAGUGUUGCGUUCACUUACGACAUUUUCAUAACGUUUGGACUAAUCACCGCGGUUCCCGUGUCUGCAGCCAUUGACAUAACCAUACAUGAUGUACAGUUUUAUGGUAUGAAACUUGCUGGCAUCAUACUUAUAUCGAUCGGUUUCUUAUUGGUCAUGUUUCCUAACAACUGGCCAGAAUACAUUUUCCGAUUGCUCAGGAAUAUAAUACUACUGAGUCAUAGCGCUAGGUGGAGCCGGAAGAACCGGGGAUUGCCACCAAAUCCGCCCAAAGUGGAAAUCGACUACCGGACCGGGUACAUCAGGUCGCAUUUGCGAUCUCCGUCCGGUCGGGUCAGGUGACCGACUACUGACGUUAGUGCCAUUGCCGUUCACGCACCGCGGACGUCAACAACGUUAUUCGUCGCUAUCGAUAAAUUGGCCGGCAAACGUUGUAAUAAUAAUCAUAAUAAUAAUAAUUGGCAUAAAAAUUAUUCGUCGUAUGCGGUCGCAACAGUAUUUCGUAUGUUCCGAUUUCACUUUUUAGCUGUUUUACUUCUAUAAUAAAAUAUAUAAAUAAUAAUUCUUAGAGACAGUGUUUGAAUUAACAUCGGUAUAUUGGAAUGAACUACCAAUUCAAAUCAAUAGUCGAUACACGUACAUUGUUAUAAUUUGAUUUUAUGUGAUAAUCAGAAUUUUCGAAAUCAGAUCAAUUUUAUUAUUAAUCCAAUUCAAGCACACUUUAGAGGCAUAACAUUAAGACAUAUCCGUACAGCAGACUAGUAGUAAUAUAUAAAUUAUAAUAUUACAAAUUAUUCGUUGACAUUUUUGUAAAAUACGUUCGUGUUUCGUGUAUAUUGUAUAAAUAUACUAUAUUAUUGUGUACAAUUGUUAUUAUUAUCAUUAUUAUUAGGUACCUAUGUAGAUAAUGUUUGUCAACCGACAACGAAAUUGAACAAAAAUUUACAAUUUCUUUUGUUUCUUGUUUAAUAUAAAUAAAGCGUAAUAAACUCGCGUAUAAUCGUAUUAUAUAGAUACUUACAUAUUAUCUGUAUAAAAUCACGUUAAUGUAAUUUGUUAUGUGUUUCAAAAUGUAUACUUGUACCACGAAGGCGCGUAUUUAUAACAGAUUGCAGGAAACAUCUUGUGGAUUAAAAAGACGACAAUAUAUCCGUCCACGAGCAAUACCAUUAUAUUA